AUGAAUCAGAUAAAACCUCAUGUGCCUACGGAGAAAUUAAAUAUACCGGUGAAUGAUGAAGAGGACGUGAUAAUCGGAAGGUUUCGAAAGAUUAGUUCUGCGAAGUCGAUGGCAGCAACUAACGGCAAUAUUCAGUACCCUUCAGAGAGUUCGAAAAAUGGUGACAUUGAAGCAGGGCUUCAUUUUAAAAAAGAGAUCACUGAGCAAGACAAGCUUCUUCCUGAUAUGAUUAAUGAACGAACGAGUAUGCUGCGCUCUGACUCACCUGUCACGAAAAGCAGUAUUAGGGAUGUUGAAAAACCAUCACGGUUUAAGGAUCAACCAUCAGCUACGAGGUUUCAGAUGGAAGAAGAUAAAACAGAACGAGACGGAUCAGAUGACUCCGAUGACUCCGAUGGCUCCGGCAUGGAGAGCGAUGAUCCACUCACUGUUACCGAUACCAAAUAUGGAAAGAGCUUCAGGCACUUCACCCGGGAAGCGUUGCCGCGCCUGGACAACUACAGAAACGUGCUGUCUCUACACGCUGCCCCACGACCAACUCUGGACGAACUCCACAAUGCUACGCUGUCUCGGAAGCCAGGCCAGGCCCUGGAGAAGGAUAUGGAGAGCCGAACAAUGCCCACACCGAACGUGAAGUUCGGUUGGAUCAAGGGCGUGCUGAUGCGUUGCCUGCUUAACAUAUGGGGUGUGAUGCUGUUUUUGCGGCUCUCGUGGGUCGUGGGGCAGGCUGGUGUUGUUCAAGCGAUCCUACUUAUUCUGACGACUUCGGUUGUUACCACCAUCACGGCACUUUCCAUGUCUGCCAUCAGCACUAAUGGUGUCAUAAAAGGGGGUGGCACAUACUAUAUGAUAUCCCGGUCUCUCGGCCCCGAAUUUGGCGGCUCCAUCGGGCUGAUCUUUGCGAUGGCCAACGCCGUGGCGUGCGCCAUGUACGUGGUGGGCUUUGGGGAAUCUCUCAUUACGCUAAUACCAGAGUCCGCUUAUAUGGUUAGCAAGAGCUGGGACCAAGCAAUUUACGGUUGUAUAACGAUAGUGCUCCUGACCGGUAUUGUAAUGGUAGGAAUGGAAUGGGAAGCUAAAGCUCAAAUAGUUUUGUUGAUAAUUCUCUUGGCGGCCAUUGCAGACUUCCUCGUCGGAUCGUUUAUUGGUCCAAAGAGCGACCUGGAAGUCGCGCAAGGCUUCAUUGGCUAUAACUUAACGGUGCUUCAAAAAAAUAUGGCGUCCGACUACAGAUACUUCGAAGGAGUUGAGCACAAUUUCUUCUCGGUUUUCUCAAUAUUCUUCCCUGCAGCCACUGGAAUAUUGGCUGGAGCCAAUAUAUCCGGUGAUCUUAAGGACCCUCAGAAGUCCAUUCCGAAAGGCACUCUACUGGCCAUUCUGUUGACUACGCUGUCGUACAUGUUAAUCGCGGUGGUGGCGGGCUGGACGGUCCUGAGGGACGCCUCGGGAGAUGUGUCUGCACUGCAGGACUGGAGCCUGGCCAGCUGCGCGGCCAACAGGAGCUGUCCGUACGGACUGCACAACAGCAACGAUGUAAUCAGGCUGGUGUCGGGGUGGGGUCCGCUAAUCUAUGGCGGCUGUUUCGCUGCUACACUAUCUUCUGCACUGGCUUCGCUUGUCUCCGCGCCUAAAGUUUUUCAGGCUUUAUGCCAGGAUAAGCUGUACCCGUACCUGGAGUUCUUCGCGAAAGGCUACGGCAGCAACAACGAGCCAGUGCGGGGAUACGUGCUGACCUUCAUCAUCGCAACGGCUUUCAUUCUUAUGGGUGGUUUGAACCAGAUUGCGCCGCUUAUCUCCAACUUCUUCCUGGCCGCGUACGCUCUGAUCAACUUUUCCACUUUCCACGCGAGUCUUGCUAAACCGGUGGGAUGGCGGCCUACAUUCAGGCUGUACAGCAAGUGGCUGUCGCUGUGCGGCGCGGCGCUGUGCGUGGCGAUCAUGUUCGUGGUGUCGUGGGCCACCGCGCUGCUCACCUUCGGCUUCCUGUUGGCGCUCUACCUGCUCGUCUCGCACCGGAAGCCAGAUGUGAACUGGGGAUCAACUACUCAAGCACAAACGUACAAGAACGCGCUGUCUGGAGUACACCAGCUUAACAGGGUCACUGAACAUGUCAAAAAUUACAGACCACAGAUAUUGGUGCUGACUGGAUUUCCCGGUGAAAGACCGAUUCUGAGCGACUUAGCGUAUCUUCUGACCAAAGGAUUGUCGCUUAUGCUUUGUGGUCAUAUUGUACAGGGUCAGAUAAAUCAUCGCACGCGCGAAGCGUUAACCAACCGCGCCUAUCACUGGUUUAUGAAGCGGAAAAUAAAAGCUUUUUACAGCAUAGUUGACGAUGUUUCCUUCAAAGAUGGCGCUAGUGCUCUCAUACAGGCGAGUGGGUUGGGCAAAUUGAAACCAAACAUUCUGAUGAUGGGCUUCAAGGAGGACUGGCAGACUUGUGAUCGCUCCGAAAUUGUCGACUAUGUCGAGGUCAUGCACAAAGCCCUUGACGUGCAUAUGGCCCUCGCUUUGCUGCGAGUGGAGGGCGGACUCUAUAAGGAUGAUGCUUUGGAUGAGGAUCUUCGCGCUUGCUUGAAGGAUCUGAAUGUUACCGACGCCGGUGCUUUCUCACAUUCGAUGGGCGACAGCUACAAGGGGUCCAAGUCAACGGAGAGCCUCAACACACAUUCGAGAGGAAGCAGCAUUUCGGAUCUGUCUUUGGGUGUGUCGAAAGAUCCGGCGGCUAAUCGAGACGCGUCACAGGAACAAAAAGACACCGGUAAAAGCGGUCGUAACUGGCGACGAGCGGUGGCUGCUUCCAGACGCGCUUCGUCGUUCAGUUCUGUGGAGCAGUUCACACGUAAACACGCCGGCACCGUGGACGUCUGGUGGCUCUACGAUGAUGGAGGGCUGACUCUCCUUCUACCGUACAUCCUGUCGAUACGUCGUGCGUGGUCUUCCUGUCCUCUGAGGGUGUUCACUCUCGCCAACAAGACUACAGAACUUGAAAUAGAAGAGAGGAAUAUGGCGUCACUUCUAUCCAAGUUCCGAAUAGACUACUCGGCUCUGAAGAUGGUCGCUGACGUAAACAAGAAGCCACGUGACUCCACACUGGCAUACUUCGACAAACUCAUCGCGCCCUUCAAGACCACCGAUGACAACGCGGACAACACGGGCAUCACGGAGGCGGACCUGCUGGCGGCCCGGGAGCGCACGCACCGGCACCUGCGGCUGCGCGAGCUGAUCGGCGCGCAGUCGGCGGGCGCGCGGCUGGUGUGCGUGACGCAGCCCAUGCCGCGGCGGCGCGCCGUGGUGCCGCCCGCGCUCUACGUGGCCUGGCUGGCCGCGCUCGCCUCCGCCGCCGAGCGCGUGCUGCUCGUGCGCGGCAACCACGCCGCCGUACUCACCUUCUACUCGUAA